UCUCGGUAGACUCAUGGGAAAAUUAAAUGGCGGAUCCGGUGCACGUCGGUAGUAGCUGACAAGAAGCAAAAAAGUUGCAAUUUCUCCAACAAUCUAGCUGCCCACAAUUUUAUAAUUGGAGCCUCAACGAGAAGUGUUUUAAUGCCACACGAAUGUACACCUACUUUGUUAUGGGCCUCAAGGGAUUCGUGUUAUUCGCGGCGAAAGUAUGGAGUUUCAUUUGCUACUGUAUACGAAGACAAAUUCGAUCGGUGAUACAACACCAAACAGUUAGAUAUGAGAUCCUUCCCUUGUCUCCACUGUCUAAACACAGAUUAAGUAUAGUGAAAAGAAAAACGUUGGUGUUAGAUUUAGACGAGACGUUAAUCCACUCCCACCAUGAUGGCGUACUGCGACAAACUGUCAAGCCUGGAACACCGCCAGAUUUUGUACUAAAAGUAACUAUAGACAGGCAUCCAGUUAGAUUUUUUGUACAUAAAAGACCACAUGUAGAUUUCUUUUUAGAUAUAGUCAGCCAGUGGUAUGACCUGGUAGUCUUCACUGCAAGUAUGGAGAUAUACGGGGCUGCAGUAGCAGAUAAACUGGAUCAGGGGAGAGGGUUUUUAAAAAGAAGGUACUAUAGGCAGCAUUGUAAUUUAGACUAUGGUAGCUACACGAAGGACCUAUCAGCAAUAAGUAAUGAUUUGUCAAGUGUGUUUAUACUGGACAAUUCUCCUGGAGCAUACAGAGCAUAUCCAGACAAUGCAAUACCUAUCAAGUCAUGGUUUUCUGACCCGACAGACACAGCACUUCUCAACUUGCUCCCUGUGCUCGAUGCUCUCAGGUUUGUCAGUGAUGCGCGAUCAGUGUUGAGCCGGAACUUACAUCUACACAGGCUCUGGUAGCACCCAAUGUACGGAGAUGGUACAAAUAUUCUAUAUAAAGUAAAAAAGCAUAAAAAUUCCUGGCUUGCUCUGCAUCAGCAACAGCGGGACUGUACUUGGAAACAGCGUGUGGUUUCAUAAUUGCGGAGCAGCUGGGUUUUUCAGAAUGAGGCUGCAUUGCCUGGAGCAGAAUGUAGGAUAUUGAUUUCAACUGAAGAAUAAGUAAGCAUGCAAUGCAGCACAGCCCUGGGUGGAAGUGACAACGAUGAAGGGUUUGAAAUAAUAGUCAACAUGGCUUGCCACACAGAAAAAAAUGGAUUUGAAAAAAAAAAUCCUUUUGCUUCAUCCUCAUAUUUAUAGUGAGAUGCUACAGGAGCUACUUUAUUGCACUAUUAAGUACAUAAAAAGAUGAAUGCAGCAAGGAAUAUUAGUUACAGGUCAUUCCAUAAUAUUUUUUCUCUUGAUUAAAUCGCCUCCCCCCUCUUACAAAAUCUAUUCUUCCUUUUGAGGCUUAAGAA